AUGAGUCGUCCACCAAAACCAACACUAGCAUCAAUUAAAAAGGCUGAAAGGAUUAAAGAUCUCGAUGCUGGAAUGAUGCAUGUCUUCUAUGACUGUCAAUUUACUACAUAUUCACACAGAAAAUUACUAGUUAUCAUGAAGAACAUUUAUUAUCGUGCAAUUGACCUUGGUCACCAGGAAUAUUUUGCUAUGCGCUUCACUCAAUUACUUAACCAUUCAUUAAAGUAUAAAAAGGGCGAACCAAAUUCCGAUCGUAUUGCCAAAUUUGUAGCUCACUUUGUACGUGUAAUCAGCGAUGACUCAAAACGGGACGAUGAAGAAAACAAAGAUGAAAAUGAAGAGAAUAAAGAACAGAUUAAAGAACAGAAUGAGGAUAACACAGAAGACCAAAAUAUGGACAACAAUUUGCAAAAAGAGUCUGCAAAUCAAUCUUUGUAUGUCACGGAAUUUACAUCAUAUCUUAUUAAGCACUUGUUACGUGGUAUCGAGGCUGCGGAUAAGCUGGUGCGAUACAGAGUGACGCAACUUCUCGCUAUGCUCACAAAACACAUUGGGGAAAUGGACAGAGAAACUUUUGAGGCGUUGAUUGUGUCGCUCUCGAGCCGACUAAGAGAUAGAGAGACACCCAUUAGAAUGCAAGCAAUCUUGGCACUUUCUAGCUUCCAAGAUUUCAAUUUAAAUUUUGAUGCACUAGCAGGAGAUGCUGGCUCCGAGGCCAAAGACAAUGAGUGGCUCACGGAGUUGUUGGUACAAUCACUACGGUAUGAUGAAAGUCCUGAAGUGAGGAGAACAGUAAUGAUGAACUUGGAUAAGGACGCAAACACAAUCCAGUAUUUAUGGGAGAGAGCCAAGGAUCUAAACAAUAUAAACAGAAGGAUUGUUUACUCCAAAAUUACACCCGAGAUUGGAGGGAUGAAGAAUAUGCGACACGAACACCGGGAGUUUUUACUCAGGUGGGGGUUAAAUGACAGAGACGAAAGCGUGAUGCAAGCAGCCACCAAAUUGUUAUGCCAUACAUGGUUUGACUCUUGCGAUAAUGACAUCAAUGAAUUUUUGGAGUACUUGAACGUAACAGAAAGUUCGAUGGCGGAAAAGGCAAUGGACAUGGUCUUUUCAGAAAGAGCUGAUCUAGUGCAAAAUUUCAAAGCAGAUAGGACAUUUUGGAAAGCAUUGGAUGUCCACAAAUCAUUCCUUUGGAGGACAUUUUUUCGUCAUUGCUAUCAACACAAGCUUUACAAUUUGAUAGAAAUCAAUUUUCCAGAUGGCUUGGAGUUAUCAGACAUUUUGAAAAAGUACAUGUCUCUUCGGAAAGAUUUCGUACUGGCAAGCUUUGAUUGUUGCAAAAAGCAAGAUGAUUUGCGUAAAGAUGUGCAAUUACUUGACCAGCAAUAUUUUGUCAUUGAAAGGGAAUUGAUUCGGACAAACAGGGAAUGGGAGAAUUUAUCACGUCAUAUCAAAAUAGCUGAAGAAAGUCGUAGAUCCAGAAGUGAAGACAGGGCUUAUGAAGAAAUGUUGAAAAGUAGAGAAAGUUUGGAGGAAAAACAAGCCGAACUCCAGCAUCAUUUGAUUCAACGAAACGAAACCAAAAGGCACAAAAUUGAAGAAGUCUACUCCGAUCCCGACUUUGUGAAAUUUGUCGAAACCCAGCGAGAUUUUAAUUUUAUAGUGAACCAAUUAUUGAUGAUUUGUAUCGAUUUUGACUUUAGUGACGAAAUUGCAAGAAGAGCAAUGUUGAGCGUGAUUCGGUCCGAACUUUACGAGAAAAGUAUGGAAGAUGACAUGAUUAGAAACUGUCUCAAGAUCUUGAAAAAGAUUUCUAUCAAUGAGAAAGAUUUUGUUUCUAUGACUGUGGAGAUUAUAACUGACUUGAGAGACAUGGGCGACGAUGAAGCGGAUGAUGACGAUGAUGAUGAUGAUGAUGACGAUGAUGACGAUGAUGAUGAUGAUGACGAUGAUGAUGAAGAUGAUGAUGAUGAAGACAAGGAGAAAGAGACGAAGGCAAUGGAAGAUGGUAUUGGAGGUUCCAACGAUAGAAUAAAGAAUAAGCGCCAGGCAAAGCAGAAGAAAAAUAACAAAAACAACAACCAUCAAAACUAUAGUAAUGAAGAUAUUAAUGUUGACAAGGAACUCAAUCUGGAUCUUGGUGAAGAAGGAAAAGAAGAGGAAGAAGAAGAAGAAGAAGAAGAAGUGAAUGAAAGUCAGUCACGGCGGACAAAGAAACGAAAAAUCGAACCUGCAAUGCCAGACGACGAUGUUAUUGUGCGUUGUUUGAAAAUGACUUGCCAAGUAUUGGAAUUAAUUGAGGAAGAGCUCGACAAUCAUUUGUCACUAAGUUCUAUCCAAUCAGGGAUUGUUAAUUACUCCUUGAGCCAAGUUGACAAGCCUUUGCUUUUCAUGACUGGGUUAAAAUGUUUAGGGUUGUUUGCUUUGAUUGAUAAAAAAACGGCCAUUGAUUCUCUACCCAUAUUCUUUCGAGCGAUCAAAUCAUCUGGAGAGCAAGUACAAAUAAUUGGAGUCGAAGCUGUUGUUGAUGUUUUUGCAAAGUACGGCAGAGAUGUGAUAGAUUUUGAAGGAAGGCGGACAUUUAUUAGACUAUUUUACAAGUUAUUAAAACGGGAGUCAAAUAAAGUACAAGCUGUAAUGGCCGAGGGUCUAAUAAAACUUUUCUUAGCCGAUAUCUUUAGUAUAAAGGUUCCGUCAUUGCUGGUUGCGGAGGUUGAUGACCUGAUACAAGAUACAGUUGCAAGCACAGGCGAAGGCGAGGAAAAUGAUGGCGAAGAUAAUGAUCCCGAAGUUGAAAUUUUUGAAGCGUUACUUUUAUCCUAUUUUAAUCCCGCUACUGCAGGUAAUCACGAGUUGCGACAAAUAUUAGCAUUCUGUAUACCAGUAUAUUGCUACUCACAUCCAAAACAUCAAUUAGGCUUGGCUUUCACCACUGGUUCAUUUCUUCUACAAGCUUCCAAACUUCAACAAGGGCACCAACCAACAAAAAUGGUUCCGCAAUUGAUUGCUUGGAGCGAUCCGCAAUACCUCGUACAUGUUGCGGAAAUUGAGCAAGAAAAACUGCCGUCUCGUAUUUUACAAGCUGCUCGAAUGUUAGGUGUUUUUGGUGAAGAAGAGUUGUCUAAAGAUUAUAGGCGAGCAAUCAUAAACAAUAUUUCAAAAAUUCUGAUUUCAAGUAAAGUUGGAUCAGAGUACUUGGCUGCGUUUGUGGAAUUGAUUGAGCAAGUUGAAAAUAGCAUUGAUGAAAACAAAGAUAGAUUUGAAUUUCAAUUGGAUAGAUCUACUUUGAAGAACCUUCUGAACCUUCACGAAGCUGCAUUUGCAGCAUUAUCAGAAGCCAAGGAAAUGGAAUCAAAAGAAGAAGCGGAGUCAUCAAUUGGAGUAAAAUCAAGAAGUGUAUCUGCUGUGCCCGACUUUAAUGAAGACGGGGUGCAGAUCGUGAAAGAGAAUAUAGAGAUCAAAGAUGAAAAGAUUGACAAUAUCAACACACCCAAGACAAAUUUUAUUGAUAGUGAUGAAAAAGAUGAGGAAAACGCAAAAGAGCGGGGUAAUGAAGUUGGAGUUGAGGAUAGUAGUGUGGAUCAUGUGCUAGACAACGAGCCUAAUCUGAUAGGUGAACCAUACCGUGUCCUGGUUAAGAAAGAGUACGCUUCUAUUUUGGAUGUGGCAAAUGCCGAAAGACGUACUUUGUUAGAUAUACACUCUAUUGAUGACACGACCAAUUCAGCGACCAUUGAUGAUAACGAUAAAGAAGCUAAUUUAACAAAGCAAAAUGAAGGCGGAGGCAGUGGUGAAGGGGGAGAAAAAGAAAGAGAAAAAGAAAAAGAAGAAGAAGAAAUAAGAGGAGAAAAAAACAAAAGGAACAGAAAUGUUACUACGGAGGUUACUGAUCAUAACCUGGGCAUAUUGCAAGUUGACGAUAUACUAGUUGAGGGAGACGAGACUGUUCAGACGGCAGAGAAAAACAAAACCAAGGACGGUUUUUAUGGCAUUGAGGAUAAAAAAGGUGGCGGUGAUAAAGAAAAUGGUGAUGCAAAUAAUGACUACAGUUCUGAUGUGAUCUUAGCCGAUGAAGACGUUGUUCACGACGUGCUGAUAGCUGGAAUAGAGUCGAGGCUCGAUACAGAAUCAAAGAACGAGGAUAUACUAAGAGAUGUAGUUGAAGAUAUAACAGCUUUGGUUGUUUCUACUAAAUUGGCAUCACCAAAAAAACCAAUUUUGGAUGCACCUAUCGAUGACUCGAUAUUGGACACAGUCACAUCGGACUCUGACGAGGAGGAGGAGGAGGAGCUUGAUUCAGAUAUCAUCUUCAAUUGA